AUGAACCGGUACGGCGGCGAUUUUUCCCCCGCCAUAGCCAUGGCCGCCCGGAGGGUAGCGAGGACCGGGCUAAACGGGCUCUUCGCUGUGUACAAACCCCCCGGGGUGGCUUCGAUCAGGGUGCGGGACAUCGUGGAGACGCUGCUCCUGAAAGAACUGAACUCUCUGGAACAGCCAGCUGUGCAGCAGCAAGUACGCUUCCUGCCCACUACUGUAGAAGGAAAUGCUGGGAAAGAGCUGACCCUUGCUGUUACCCAGUUGCCUGUCCUGGCUGCCCACCCACUAGUUAGAGGACCAGAGCUCACUCACUUGAAAAUUGGAGCAGGUCACCGUCUGGAUACAAAGUCAUCUGGAGUGUUUGUGCUUGGAGUGGGCCAUGGGAACAAGCUGCUCACUGAUAUGUACAACGCCCAUCUUAUUAGGGCUUAUACUGUUCGUGGACUGUUUGGCAAAGCCACAGAUGACUUCUCAGACACAGGCAGGCUAAUAGAGAAGACCACAUUUGAUCAUGUCACAAGGGACAAGCUGGAGCGGAUUCUUGCUGUCAUUCAGGGAACCAAUCAUAAAGCUCUGCUGAUGUACUCUAACAUUGACCUGAAAACUCAAGAGGCCUAUGAGCUGGCUAUUGAAGGUUUAAUUCGCCCGAUGGAAAAAACCCCUCCAUUAAUCGCAGCAAUUCGAUGCCUCCAAUUUGCACCUCCAGAAUUCCAACUAGAAAUCCAGUGUUUGCAUGAGACCCAGCAGUACCUCCGAAAAAUAGUUCACGAGAUUGGUUUGGAGCUGAAAUCAACUGCUGUGUGCACCCAGGUCCGGCGGACACAGGAUGGCUUUUUCACUCUAGACAGCGCUCUCCUGCGAACGCAUUGGAACCUGCAGAAUAUCCUGAAUUCAAUUCAAGACUCUAAGAUCAAAGUGAAAGUGGAGCUUCAGAGAAGCUUGGGCCACCAAGCUAGGAGUGGUAAAAGACACACCGAUAUGGAUCAGGUUGCAGCGAGUGAAAUGCAGAGUACAGAGGGAAUGUCUGCAAGCGAUCUGACUCAUAAAAUGAGAUAACCACAUGUUGACUGAAAAGUGAAGAGUAACAGGAAGGGAAAAUGGUGGUUGCAAUCCACAACUAACCCUUCCUUAGGGAGGUCCUUGAUUUAGCAAGGCACUUCUCCAUUGAUAGGCAGAGUAAUUUUUGUAAGUAUUGCACAACACUGCAGCAAAACUGUUGGCAUCUGAGAUGAGCGUACAUUUCCUUGCAAAGCCAAAACUGCUACUGACUUCAGUGGGAACGUCAAGUUUGGUGAAGGAUGUAAGAGUGGGCCCUUAAAUUAGUUUAGAGGUGGGAAUACAACCACUGUGUUGCAGGCUUUACUUCUUUUAUUCUCUUUAUGCGCCUUGUGACAGAGUAUGACCUAAGUGGUUCUUUUCCCAAUUAACUAAUUUUUUUUAUUAUGACACUUUCUAUAGAUCAGCCCCAUUUUCAAAUACAUGAAAGGGUAAAGAUGUCUUGUUCAAACCAAGAAAGGGUUCUGCUUAGGGGAAACUGCAAAGUAAGCAACUAAGACUGAAGUGGUGAGGUAAUAAUAUUUCUCAUGCAGGGUAACUAAUAGCUGGAGCAGGUUAGUCAGAAAGCCAGUUGAAACAAGAAGAGGGAGAGGUAGGCUUAUUAUAGAGGACUGGAGUAGGAUGCAAAAACAAGAAGUUGGAAUGGGGUGAAUUUAAAAUCCUAGGUAAUAUAUUUUAUGGGGAAAGAUGCUGUUAUUAGAUACUCAAAUUUAAGUCAACAGGGCCAAAAGCCCCUGCAUUUUGUUUGCAUGCAAUCUAUAGUCAUCUGUGAUGUAUUUUUUCCUGCCCUUCAGCAAAAUUAUACAUUACCUUUAAAGAGAAACAGUAAAGAAGUACAGCUUUAGAAUUCACUGAUAUUCCAUUAGUGCUCAUUUAAAGCUACAAAUCAUUAUUUUACAUAAACGAUGACAGUUACAUUAGCAAUCAGCUAAUAUAUUUCUAAAAUGUGUAGGGUUCAAAGUGUGAUGCCAAGAUGUACUAAAGGAUUGCAAUCUAAGAUUUUGAAGGAGUGCCAAUCAUUAAUAUCUAGGUUAUGCUUUGCAGUGAGAACUCUCCUCUCAUGUGAGGGCUCAAAAUUAGGGGUAACACCCCUCAUUUUAGAAUCUAAAAAUAUUUUAAAUAUAAAAGUGAUGGUGCACUGUUUUAUCAUUAUAGUGAAGAUUACCUUCUCCCCCAUGCUUAAUUAGAAAUAUCUUGCAGA